AUGAAGUUUUCGGGUUAUACUUUGAUAUCUUCAUUUACUCCAUUUCAUUGUAUUCCUCUCAAAAAACCUCGCAGAUUACCUCUAGAUAUAAAUUUCAAGACUGCAUCGAAGAUUAGAAGACUGUCCACAUAUAAUCAGAAGCAACAAAAUCAUUGCAAGGCUGAGAUGGUUGUUGCAAAAUAUCCUCCUCCUCUUUUUAGUGUUGCACCAAUGAUGGAGUGGACAGACGUCCAUUACAGGACUCUUGCUAGGCUCAUAUCAAAACAUGCAUGGCUUUAUACAGAGAUGCUGGCAGCCGAAACAAUUGUCUACCAAGAGGCAAAUCUGGACAGAUUUUUGGCUUUCCCACCUGAGCAGCAUCCCAUUGUACUUCAGAUUGGAGGAAAUAAUUUGGAUAACAUUGCAAAAGCAACAAAACUUGCUAAUGCAUAUAACUAUGACGAGAUUAAUUUCAAUUGUGGUUGUCCUAGUCCAAGGGUUGCUGGACAUGGGUGUUUUGGAGUCCGUCUUAUGCUUGAUCCAAAGUUUGUUGGCGAGGCUAUGUCGGUAAUUGCUGCCAAUACUGACGUCCCUGUCAGUGUUAAAUGCAGAAUUGGUGUAGAUGAUCAUGAUUCGUACAAUGAGCUUUGUGAUUUUAUAUAUAAAGUUUCAGCUCUGUCUCCCACUAGGCAUUUUAUAAUACAUUCACGGAAGGCUUUACUCAAUGGGAUCAGCCCUGCUGACAAUAGAAAAAUUCCUCCACUGAAAUAUGAGUACUAUUUCGCUCUUUUGCGCGAUUUUCCUGACUUGAAAUUCACAAUUAAUGGAGGCAUUAACUGUGUUGAUGAGGCAAAUGCAGCACUGAAGGCAGGAGCACAUGGUGUAAUGGUUGGGCGUGCUGCUUAUCACAAUCCUUGGAAUGUUCUGGGACAUGUUGAUACUGCAAUUUAUGGGGCACCAGCAAGUGGUCUCACUCGUCGUCAGAUCCUGGAGAAGUAUCAAGUGUAUGGUGAUGCUAUUCUUGGGACCUAUGGAAAUGAUAGGCCCAAUGUACGUGAUGUGAUAAAGCCAAUACUUGGAUUCUUUUAUUUUGAGCCUGGGAACAGCCUCUGGAAACGCAAAGCUGAUGCUGCAUUCCUGCGCUGCAAGACAGUUAAAUCCUUUUUCGAGGAAGCCCUUGUAGCAAUUCCUGACCGAGUCCUGGAUUCCACUAUUACUGAAGCACCGAUGGGCCGUGAAGAUCUUUUUGCUAAUGUCGAAGGUAUCCUCCCACCACCGUACGAGACUAGAGAAGAGGAGCUGGUGUAUGCUUAA